ACUAUUAGAAAAAUGUUUUUUUUUUUUUAAAAAAAAAAAUCAAAAAACAAAAAAAAGACAAAAACAAAAACAAACAAAAAAUAGAAACAAAGAAAAAAAGAAAAAAACAAACACAAAUCACACAUAAAAGGAAAGACUCUCUUUUAAUAUCCUUUUGCCUAUAGUACUUCAUUUUUUACCCUUGUUCAAAACCUCCUAAACCCAGGAGGGAUGGAGAUAGAAAAAAAGAGUCACAAAAUACAACAAAAAGAUUCCAAUCUUUUUCUAUCCUCCUUGCCAUCAACACCAAUGGCUUUCCUCCUGGUCCUUCUCUUCUCCUUCAUUUCCAAACCCACCACCGUCUACUCCGCCGGAUCGGCCUCAUUCAUCCCCCAAGACAACUUCCUCAUCGACUGCGGUGCAACCAAUGCAGCCAACUCCCCCGACGGAAGAGUUUUCAAAACAGAACCUCAAUCCUCCCAAUUCUUGCAAGCUGAGGACGAUUUCAAGGUCUCCAUUCCAUCAGCUGAUGUUCCCUCGCCCAUCUACUUGACUGCAAGGAUCUUCGUCAAAGACGCUACCUAUUCAUUCCACAUGUCUCACCCCGGUUUCCAUUGGGUCAGACUCCAUUUCUUCCCAAUUAACAACAAUGUUUUUGAUCUUCAAAAAGCCACAUUCACCGUCACAACAAACAAAUACGUCCUUCUCCACAGCUUCAAUGUCAACAACACGAACCAUGCCAUUGUUAAGGAAUAUCUAGUCAACAUCACAGAUCCACAAUUCUCCAUCAAGUUCGCUCCCCAGAAGAACUCCGCUGCUUUUAUCAAUGCCAUCGAGGUGGUUUCCGCUCCUGAUAGCUUGAUCACCGACACAGCCACCAAUCUUUCUCCGGUCACCAACUUUCAGGGACUUCCUUCUUUCGCUUUUCAAACUGCUUAUAGGGUUAACAUGGGAGGACCAUUGAUCACCCCCUCGAAUGAUACUCUGGGACGUACUUGGGUCUCUGAUGCAGAGUUUCUGAAGAAUAAGAACCUCGCUAAGAGCGUUACCGUGGCGCCAAGCAUUGUGAAGUAUCCUGAGGGAGGUUCACCGUUGAUUGCACCUCCAAUGGUUUAUGCUUCAGCAUCAGAAAUGGCUGAUGCUAAGGUAGAUCAACCAAAGUUCAAUGUGACAUGGAAUUUUGAUGUUGAUACGGCUUUUGGAUACAUGAUUCGGUUGCAUUUCUGUGACAUUGUGAGCAAAGCUUUGAAUAAUCUAUACUUCAAUGUCUAUAUUAACCAGAACAUGGCCAUUGCUGAUUUGGAUUUGUCUCACACAAUGGGAGCUUUGGCUACCUCUUAUUAUAAGGAUAUAGUGGUGAAUACCUCCAUGAUGAGCAAUGGACUCUCUGUUCAGAUCGGUCCUUCGAACAUGGGUUCCGGCGACCUGAAUGCCAUUUUGAAUGGUGUGGAGGUGUUGAAAAUGAGCAAUACCGUGGACAGUUUGGAUGGCGAGUUCGGUGUCGAUGGAAGGCAAGAAAAUCCUGGUAGUCGCAGAGGAACGGUUGCAGCAGUGGGAUUCGCAAUGAUGUUUGGAGCUUUUGUUGGUCUCGGAGCUAUGGUGAUCAAGUGGCAUAAAAGGCCUCAAGAUUGGCAGAAAAGGAACAGCUUCUCUUCAUGGUUGCUUCCUGUCCAUGCCGGCGAUAACAGUUUCUUGGCGAGCAAGACAUCGGUUGGAUCGCAUAAGAGCGGUCUCUACUCUUCAACUUUGGGACUAGGAAGGUAUUUCUCUUUCGCUGAGCUACAAGAAGCCACCAAGAACUUCGAUUCCAAGGCAGUGAUUGGCGUUGGUGGAUUCGGAAAUGUGUAUCUUGGUGAGAUUGAUGAUGGGACUAAAGUUGCGGUGAAAAGAGGAAACCCACAAUCUGAACAGGGGAUUACAGAGUUCCAAACGGAGAUUCAGAUGUUAUCCAAGCUCAGGCACAGACAUUUGGUGUCCUUGAUUGGUUACUGCGAUGAGAAUUCGGAGAUGAUCUUGGUCUACGAGUACAUGUCGAAUGGACCAUUCAGAGACCAUUUGUAUGGAAAGAACUUAGCUUCAUUGUCAUGGAAGCAGAGAUUGGAAAUUUGUAUCGGAGCAGCUCGUGGACUUCACUACCUUCACACAGGAACAGCACAGGGUAUCAUUCACAGAGACGUUAAGACAACAAACAUACUUCUCGAUGAUAACUUCACCGCCAAGGUAUCCGAUUUCGGGCUUUCUAAGGAUGCUCCAAUGGGACAAGGACAUGUUAGUACUGCUGUGAAAGGAAGCUUUGGGUAUUUAGAUCCUGAGUACUUCAGAAGACAACAAUUGACAGACAAAUCAGAUGUUUACUCUUUCGGUGUUGUUCUUCUUGAAGCAUUGUGUGCUAGGCCUGCUUUGAAUCCUCAGCUUCCAAGAGAGCAAGUGAAUUUAGCAGAUUGGGCAAUGCAAUGGAAGAGGAAAGGUUUGUUGGACAAAAUCAUUGACCCACAUCUUGUUGGGGCUAUUAAUCCUGAAUCAAUGAAGAAAUUUGCUGAGGCUGCUGAGAAGUGUUUGGCUGAACAUGGAGUUGAUAGGCCUACCAUGGGUGAUGUGCUUUGGAAUUUGGAAUAUGCUUUGCAACUUCAGGAAGCUUUCUCUCAAGGUAAAGCAGCAGAGGAGGAAAGCAAACCUUCUGCUAAUGCUGUUGCUGCUGCCCCGGUGACACCUCCAGUUGAUGCUGCUACCAGUAACCGUCUGGCUACUCAGCCGGCGGCAGUGAAUAAUGUUCAAGGUGAAGUUGAAGAUGUGAAUCAACAUUCAGGAACCGCCAUGUUCGCCGAAUUGGCUAAUCUGAAUGGUAGGUAAAAAAAAAAAAAAAAAAAAAAAAAAGGCUGAAGAAAAACUUUUUGGCUAACCAAGCAGAAAGAUGGUAUAGAUAAUAAUUUCAAGAAAAAGAAACAUGUAAAAGCAUCUCUCAGAUGGAGGUUUCCAAAAUUCAGUUUCUAUCCUUUUGGUGGCUUUUUAUUUGGUUCUUCAUUGAUGGGGACAAAACUUUUUAACUAGUUAGUCAAUUUCCAAGCUCCACUGGCUGGCUUCAUUUCUCUCCCUCUUUCAAAUUUUUAUGUACAAUAACAGUAUAUUACAUACCAUUUGUUUAUAUCGAGAUAUCUCUCGUUCUUUUGUGUGGUGGA